UGGAUUAAAUUUCCAACUACAGUGGAAGAAAAACAAUUUAAGAAAGAAGCAUUUUACCAAAAAACAGGAUUUAGAGGUGUACUUGGUUGUAUCGAUGGUACACAUGUGCAAAUAAUAGCCCCUAGUAUAGCAGAUGAUGAUCACCCACCUCAUAUCUAUAUAAAUCGAAAGGGGGUCCAUAGUAUUAAUGUUAUGCUGAUUUGUGAUGUUGAUUGCAACAUUUUAGCUUGUAAUGCACAAUAUCCAGGCUCCGUCCAUGAUUCGGCUAUUUGGCGUGUAUCAGACAUAAAAAAUUUUCUCAGAAAUGAAUAUGAAAACGGUGACAUAACGAGUCACUUAUUAGGUGAUAGUGGAUAUGGAUUAGAACCUUGGCUUUUCACACCAUUUAAUAGAGUAGUUGCUGGUACUCCAGAGGCACGAUUUAACGAACUACAUAAGUUAACUAGAAAUGUUAUAGAAAGAACAAAUGGAAUUUUGAAAGGUCGUUUUCGAUGUUUGCUUAGGCACAGAGUUCUCCAUUAUCAUCCUGCAAAGGCAGCUUACAUAGUAUAUGCAGCAGCUGUUCUUCAUAAUAUAGCUACCUGGGCCAAUUUAGAUAUCGAUGAAGAUGAUAUAGUAUUAAACGAUAAUGACGAAAACAUUGGACAUAGAAAUAUAUUAGAGGAAGACAAUAUGCUACACCUUGGAAGAGCUGCAAGAGCAAUGUAUAUUAGGCAGAAUAUUUUAUAAAAAAGGUUAUGUACUUAUAAU